CUUGAAGAAACUACUGUAAAAAGAAGCUCAAAACACACCUUCUAUAUCUCUAUUUCUAGAAGAAUUUAUUGCUACUGUUAAUGGAGUACUAUGCUUUAAUCAAUACUCUCUGCGGCCUAUGUUUAUAAUGUUUGAUCCAAGAGGAAAAAGUUUGAAUUCAUGAUCGCGCUUCGCAGAGGUGUUAGGCUCAAGCUAUAUUGACUUCAAAACUUUGUGAUCGCAUUAGGUAACCGGUUCUUUUGGUAUGAUGGAAGGUUACAACAACGGUAGUUAAGUGGAUAGGAACUUGGACCAGUGCUAGUGCUAGAGCCUGUGGAAAUUGGCAGGCUUAGUUAUGGCAUCUGCUGGCCAUGGAGGCGCAGGGAGUUCUAGGAGUGUUAAUGGAUUCAAAGAUCCAUCUAGUUCACUUGACUGCCUGGCGAGGGAAAUGCUUGAGAUGGGAUUGAAGGAUGCGGUGGACCUCGACGAUGAUAAGGACAAUGAGCCUGAGAUGAUAGAAGGCAUGGGUGUAGAAACAGGACACGUUAUUAGAACUACUAUUGGCGGUCGAAAGGGUCAAUCCAGGAAGAAUAUCAGCUACAAAGCUGAACGUGUGAUAGGAACAGGAGCUUUUGGUGUUGUUUUCCAAGCAAGAUGCAGAGAAACUGGAGAAGUUGUUGCGAUUAAGAAGGUUCUUCAAGAUAAGCGUUACAAGAACCGGGAGUUGCAGAUAAUGCAGAUGUUAGACCAUCCUAAUAUUGUUGCACUUAAGCAUUCUUUCUUCUCGAUGACAGACAAGGAAGAGCUUUAUCUCAAUCUUGUCCUUGAAUAUGUUCCGGAAACUGUUAACCGUGCUGCUAGGCAGUUCAGCAGAAUGAACCAGCGGAUGCCAUUGAUUUAUGUCAAGCUCUAUACCUAUCAGAUUUGCAGGGCACUGGCUUAUAUCCAUAAGUGUAUUGGCAUUUGCCACCGUGACAUUAAGCCUCAAAAUUUGUUGGUGAACCCACAUACGCAUCAACUGAAAGUUUGUGAUUUUGGAAGUGCAAAAGUUUUGGUAAAAGGAGAACCCAACGUGUCAUACAUUUGUUCAAGACAUUAUCGAGCUCCUGAGCUCAUUUUCGGUGCCACUGAAUAUACCACGGCAAUUGACAUCUGGUCUACGGGGUGUGUCAUGGCAGAAUUACUUCUUGGAAAGCCUUUAUUUCCUGGAGACAGUGGGGUUGACCAAUUAGUAGAGAUCAUAAAGGUAUUAGGAACACCUACUAGAGAAGAGAUGAAAUGCAUGAAUCCAAACUAUACUGAAUUCAAAUUUCCACAGAUAAAACCCCAUCCAUUACACAAGAUUUUCCAAAAAUUGCCUCCAGAAGCAUUUGACCUAGUUUAUCGUUUUUUCCAGUACUCCCCACAUUUGAGAUGCACUGCUUUGGAUGCUUGUCUUCAUCCUUUCUUCGAUGAACUGAGAGACCCCAACACACGCCUUCCUAAUACCCUGCCUCUCCCGCCCCUCUUCAAUUUCAAAACUCAAGAGCUCGUCGACUUACCUCCGGAAACCAUUCGCCGGCUCAUUCCAGAACACGUUCUCUCAGGGCGUUCUGAUUCAUAGCUCUCCUCCAUCCCAGUGAUUAUAUAUUUGAAAGGUUCCACUCCCACCGUGAUUUGUAUUUAGCUUUUAAGCUCCCUCGACUUCUUGUGUAUCGGCAAAUGGAUGAAUGGUGAGAUGUGCUGCAUAAUGCAGAUCGAAGAGAGAACCAUUGUUUCGGUUUCCUGUCGUCUUCUUCUUCUUCGGUGACUGUAUAUUUUUUCUACCACUCUCUCUCCACUUAAACAUGAAUGCAGGUUAUAUGUUUACUUUUUUUUUCUUGGUUAGUUAUUAUACUUACGCAAGAUAUCUUGUUUUGUUUUUAUAUAAAUAUAUAUAAACACGGUUAGAUAGAUGUUGCAACAUGUU